GUCAGCGAUCCCGGCUCCUCUACCUCUGACCCCCUGAACUCCGAACCGGCCACAGGCAAAUAUGGCGGAGCUGGAUUUCGGUGACAGCGAGCUAUUCGAGCAGCUAGAGGGGGUCUCACCGCCGCGGCCGCAGGUCUGCGCGGCAGACGACGGCCAGGCCCUGGAGGAGCUCCGGCAGCUACGGGAGAGGCUGGGGGAGUGUGAGGAGACUAUCGACAGCCUAAUCGCCGAGAAUCAGGAGCUGAAGAGAAAGCUAAACAUCUUAACAAGACCAAGCGGAAUGAAUGUUGAGAACACUAGAUUAGACGGACCACUUCUCCAGAUACUAUUUGCAAACAAUGACCUCUCAAAACAAUGUCGUCAGGAGAUUGAAGAUUACAUAUUUGAUUUGAUUAAGAAGCAUGAGCCACAAGGGAAAGAGGAAAAGGAGAAAGCGUCUUUUCAUGUCAAACCACAGGCUUCAAGUUUUGUUCUGGAAGAAAAGGAAAAAAUGACCUCUGGUAUCAGGAAGAUCAAAGAUGCUUUCACAGUGGUGGGAAGUGUGCUGUACUUCACCAGCUUCUGUUUGGACAAACUAGGACAGCCGCUCCUAAAUGAGAAUGCUCAACUGACAGAGGGAUGGGAGAUUCCCAAAUACCAACAGAUCUUUGGCCAGGUAAUAUCCUUAGAUGGGCAGGAGAUGCAGAUCAAGGAGAAAAGACCAAAGUUCUGCUGCUUCAAUUGUGGUUCAGAGGAACAUCAGCUGAAAGAUUGUACCAAGCCAAGGGACAUGAACCGCAUCAAUGAGAAGCGGAAGGAGUUUUCGCAGGGCAACAAUCAGAGCAACCAGAGGUAUCACGAAGAAGAGGUGGAGGAACGUUUUGGCAAAUACAAACCUGGAAUUGUGAGUGUGGAGCUGCUGGGUGCUAUGGGUGUGGCACAGAAUAGCCUGCCCCCGUUUAUCUACCGCAUGCGGCAGCUGGGCUACCCCCCUGGGUGGCUGAAGGAGGCGGAGAUGGAGAACUCCGGGCUGGCACUUUAUGAUGGCAAGGCUUCAGGUGAUGGAGAACUAGCUGAAGAUGAACAAUUUGAAAGGCACAAAAUCUCUUAUGAUGUCUCCAAGCUGAUUGAAUUCCCCGGCUUCAAUGUUUCUCUACCAGCCAAUAUAAAUGACGAAUGGAGGUUCUAUGGCUCUGUCCCAAUACAGCCAGACCACCUGAAAAACAAUUUUGCAGCUUAUCUAUCUAAAAGUUUCCCAUCGCCUGGAUCCAACUGUAAUAAGAGAUCUCACGAGACUGAUUCAACUCCUCGGCGUUCAAAGAAGAGACGGUCAGAUUUUGACAGAUCGUCUGACAUGGAUGUUGAAUCAGGUUCAGAAAUGCGAAGUUCCAGAAGUUCUGACAACUUCCAGUUUCAGCCCCCACUGCCUCCUGGCUCACCUGGGCUGGACACUCCACCUCCACUGCCCAGGGGUACUCCUCCUGCCACGCCCACUCCGCCUCCACUGCCUAGAGGCACGCCUCCCGCCACCCCUAGCAGCAGCGGCUCACCUGCCUUGCGGGGGCAGUCUGGGAGUGGGCUGGAGGACCUGGCCGCGGAGGAGGACGGGCUAACGCUGGAGGAGCUGGAGGAACAGCAGAGGCUCAUCUGGGCAGCCCUGGCAAGUGCAGACACUGCCACAAACAGUGACUCUGAGACGCCCAAUGUGGAAACGCUGCUGAUCAGCUCCUCCAGUGCCUCCACCCCUGCACAGAUUGACCCGGAAAUAGAGGAGACAAUGGAGACGGAGAGACAGUUGACUGCUAACGAGGGCAAAGACCUUUCCAGUCCGGUACCCUCUGAUGAAGUCCUUGUUUGUGAAGAAAAGGUAGAUGAGGACAAUUGUGUCACAGAAGCGGGAAAGAGUGAGGGCCUUCAAGAUGAUGUGGAGACAGUCCAAGGUGAGCCCUCACAGCAAAUGGAAGCAGCAACUCCAGGAACCGGGAAGCAAUCUGAAUUCACCGGGAAGGUGGCCUCUGUUCCCCACCGGAGCAAGUUUGCAGCUGGUAUCAUCCCGUUUGAAGACACACCGGAAUAUCGGGACGUCGCUGAGGCAACUGGCGUCUACCUCAGGAUACGAGACUUGCUCAAGAGCUCACCUCGCAGUCAAACCAAAAACAAGAAGUGAAGACAUUACACAGUGCAAUUUCAUUGUGGAAUUACAGAAUUAUAUUUUUUAACUAGUCAAUUCUAAACACUUCCACGUAUCCCCAGGUUGACAAGUAAAAACAGAAGUCCUGUUAUUUUAUUGUUUUAAUAGUUGUGUGUGAUGUUUUCCUUUUUUUUUCUUUAGAAGAUGGAGUCUUUUGUAAUGGUGUAUAAAACAAGCUUUUAUGGUAGCUUUCUUCCACAUAUUGACAGGUUAAUUGGUGUGGUUAUUUUGUUUUUGUUAUGAAUUUACACACAAUUUUCUAGGUAUUAUUUAAUACACAUUUUAGGUGUUUACAUUUUAUAAAAGUUAAUUUCCUUGUCUCUGUGUUAUUAAAUCAGAAUUUGAGAUCCUGGCAGUCCCCCGCUUGUAUGCGAAUGAGCCCAUCUGACUCACUAAGGGAAAUUAAAAUGCAUUUCAUAUGUCAGUUUUUUCCUCUUAAGAUUACGUGGUGAGUACAUUUUUAACUGGUCACUGUACAUCUUUCAAGGGUAUUGUAUUUUGCCCGAAUUCUGGGACAUUGCGUAACUGUUUCUUUUUCAGUAAAAUGUAUGGGCUUUUGCAGCAAGACAACACAACCAGCAUUUCUUUGAUAUAAAUUGUUCUGUUCUUGAAAUAUGGGUCCCAUUUAGAUUGUAAUUACCUCAUGCUGACAGUAGGCGGUGCAAAACAUUUCAAGAGAAAAUGUAUGAAUGACCAGUGGAUUUUUUAUUUUAUUUUUUAUACAGAAAGUUUUCAUUUUAGUGUCCUGGUAUAUAGUUUUAUUUGUAAGAAAGCAAACUUUCACACAUGGUGUACAAUGGGUCUCCGAACAUCUUUUUUAAGUAAUGUAAAUGUUUGCCUGUUGGGGUUCAAUUAAAUGAUCAAUUAAAAUGAGGAGGUAACGGA